CUCAUUUUGGAAUAAGUGUAUAAAUAAAUAUAUGGAAUGAAUGAGUUUAAAUAUUGUCUCUUUUACUGGCUGACCACAAUAAGUUUUCCCAGCCAUAAAACGAGGAUCAUGCUUUACAGGCUUAUUAGGAUUAAAUGAAGUAAACAUGUGUGAAGUACCUGGCAAGACUCCAGGCACAUAGUAGGUGCUCAAUAGAUAUCCUCAUCUUCCUAAUGAUGGACAUAGGCUUCUAAAAUAUUUGUUUGAUGAAGAACAGAAACCUCACCUAGCAUGGUUUCAAUACAGCCUUCAAAAAAUAAGCCAAAAAAUAGGUUAUAGGUUUGGCAAAGUGAGAUUUCUGGGACACAAAUAUAAUGAGAUAUAGGCCUUGCUCUCAAGGAAUUUGCACUGUAGUUAUAAAGAUAGCUGAGUAAGCAGACCAUUACAGGACAGUAACAUGACAGAACUACAUAGGAGACAAGUCCAACCUAGACUAGGAGUGUGGAAGCCUUCCUCAAGAGAUAAGACAUGAAGUCAGCCUUGCAUGUCGCCCUUUUUUUUUUUUUCCCACCAACAGUGCUUGCAGUGAUUUGUUUAUGCCAUCUUUUAAAAAUUGUUUUUGAUGUUAUCAUAUGAUUACUUUAGGGAUCACAUUUCCCCAAAUUAAGUUGUGUACACUGAAGAGGGGAAUAGUGAGCAGGGUUUUUGGAAUUUUAAGAUUCUAUGAAAAUGCUUGAAUUAUGGAAAGUCUGAUUAAAUGAUUUGAUUACCAGGAAAAGUGGAAUUAACAUUGGCUACUUAAAACCUUCCAUAUUAGAUGAACCCAGGGAUGACAGGGCAAGGAGCAAGUAAGUGAGCAUUAAUAAACUUUUUGGCUAAUUUAUGUUUCAUUCAUUUCAGAAAUUUAAGAAUUUGCACUUGUGGGUACAAUAAAGGUAUACCAAAUAGGUACAUUUUUUUGAACACCAGCAGGCUGUGAUAGAUUGAUAAGAAUAUUUGUCUUCUAGUAUUGAAUUUCUGAGAAGGAUAGGACCUCACAAGAAGUACGCGUCCAAGUUUUGUACAUAAUGACCCGAAAUUGGAAACAACCUAAAUGUCCAUCAACAGGUCAAGGGAUAGGUAAGUCAACAAUCAUGUGGUAAGUCCAUAUACUGAAAUAUUGCACAGAAAAGAAGGAACAACUACUGAUAUGAAUGUGACUUGGACAGACCUCAAAAUUACUAAGUGGAAGAAGCCAGACGUAGGAGAGCAUAUAUUUUAUGAUUCCAUUUAUAUGAAGUGUCCAGAAAAGACAAAUCUAUAGAGAUAGAACAUAAAUUAAUGGUUGCCCGGGACUGGGAGUGCGGGUGGGAGAUGGGGAUUAACAGUGAAUAUAAGGGAUGUUUUUGUGCUUUGUGCUUUAGCGUAAGCACACAAUAACCACCAUAUUGCGCAGUUUGGUGAAUUUACUGAAAAUCAUUGUCCACUUGAAAUGGAUGAACCAUAUAAUAUACAAAAUAUACCUUAGUAAAGUCAGAGGAGGCGAUGUGGAGGGUGUGACGGGGAGGAGAGAGAGACACAGAGACAGGUGAGAACAGCUGGAUCCAGGCUGUUUGGAUCUGAAACCUGGUGAGUUUAAUCUCUUUGCCUUAGUUGCCUGUUAAUGAAAUUGGGAAAAAUGAGUUACUAAUCACAAAGCAGUGUUGGGAAGAUUGUGAUCAUACAUGAAGUCUGCUUAACAGAAUUUAUACUAUAGAGAGAGCUCGAUAAAAUAUUAGCCAUGAUAAUAAUUAUUGUUUAUUAUUGUAUUAAUUAUAUUAUUAUUGUUAUUAAUUUACCAAGGAUCCAGCUCUGAUUUAGGUAACUUAAGUCAAAUCUUGAAGAAUGGGACUGCAGCUUGCAAAUGGCAGUGACCGGUCCUGUGGACAUGACUUUUGGGGAAUUUGAGAGCCUACAGCACAGCAUCUGUCAGGCACAUUCAGGCUGGGAGAUUGGAGCACUGGAGCUUUGCAGAUAAAAGCUGCUUCUUCAUGGUAGCAUCGUUUACAGAGGUGUCACCUGCUGCCUAUAAACGUGGGAGCAACAUGUGAUAUUUUAACCCCAGUCCAACAACCCUUUAGGUUUUACCCCACUAUCUGCCAGGUCCUACUGGGGCAGAGGACAGGUGAUUGGGGGGCGUGGAGGAGGGACACCUUGUCUAUGAGGGGUACUAGAGGAAGAGAUGUCUUGGUGAGACUUAAGAAUCCCUUGACAUUUCCCAGACGAAGGGUGUGGAGAGUUACCCAGGCAGAGGGUACAGCUUGAGCAAACCCCAGGGGCUGUACGGAGCUUGAUGAAUUCAGUGAAGGGCUGCUCUGAAGAGCACAGUGACAAGAAACAAAGCUGGGGGCCCAUGGAGGGCCUGUGAGCCAUGAUAAAUGAUAAAGAAGUUGGGUCUCUCCUGAGGACAGUGAGGACCAGGGAAGAGGUCUAAGUGAGUACUAGGACCAGCUUAGUUACCUCCAGUUAGGCGGCCCCGAUGACACCUCCACACUACACCUUGAGAGAUACUGCUCUGUUGAUCAGAGGCAAAUAAAUUCCUUCCUAGGUACUUGCAUUUAGCCUCCUGGAGUGCAAGUGUUCCUCCAAGGACCACAUCCACACUAGUGUCUGGCGGAAAAACUGUUCCAUGGCUCCCACGAGGGGCACAUGAGGCAUAAUGUGGUGGCUGAGAGCCUGUCUGUAAGGCUAGACCUCAGAGAAGCAGAGGACUUGUAAAUGCUUCAUUCACUUCACCCCGGGUGUCUGCUCUGGCUGACAGCCCAUUAAUAAGCCCCAGCGGCUGAGGGGCAGGUAUUGUGCUGGUUACUAUAGCAUCACCUUGGAAAGGAUCACUCAGUGAGAGCUUCGGGCUGAGUGAGGCAGGAGGGGGAUGCGGUCAGAAGCAGCAGGAGGGGCUGGAGAGAGGCUGCAGUUGCUGUUGCUGGUCUCAGGACACCUCGUGGGCUGGAGCCCACUUGAGCCUCUCCAGCUGCAGCCCCAGGGAGGGAGUGAGGCUGCGCUCAGCCUGAGAGUGGCUGCCUGAGACAGUGCCACAGGCACUGCUGAGCUUGUAGCUUUCAAGGGACUGAACUCCCAGCCAGACAUUACUUGGCCUCUGUUGGGGGCGGAUUUGGGAGGGGUGUCUCAUCUUGGAAGAGCUGGGCUGGAUUUCAUCUCCUUUUUGAUGUUAAGUAGUUACCUCCAUGAGAACUGACUUCAGGCUACUCCUCGAGGAGAGCAGAGUGGUCCCCACGCUGGAAAUGAAAAAUGAUGACAGUUUGUGAGACUUAACUGUUAGUGCUUGGAGGUCCCCCUCACCCAUUCAAAAUGCCUUUUAAAGCAUUUGAUACCUUCAAAGAAAAAAUUCUGAAACCAGGAAAGGAAGGAGUGAAGAACGCCGUGGGAGAUUCGUUGGGGAUUUUACAAAGGUAAAGUUUGAAUGCAAACUUUGGGUUUAUGUCUGGGUAGUUUCACAUUGCCAAUGUUUCAAAGACUUUGCUUCAUAUUUUAAAAGCCAUCUUUUAAAAAAGGAGUGGUAGGUCAGAUUAGAUGGCUUCUGGAGCCCCUUCUAGCUCCAACACACUAAGCCUGGAGGAAAAAAAAAAAAGAUGCAUCGAAAAUAUAGGAUUGAAUUAGGAAAAUAGCAAGACAGGCAUUCUGCUUAUAUGGCAGUAUUAGUACUUGCCGGAGAUGGUGAUGUUGCGUAUUGUGUGUUCGGCAUUGAAUUAGAAAAGAUAUAGGGAGAUAAUAUUUCCUGUUAAUUCAAUAAUAAUGACAAAAUCAGGAACCCUGUUACAUGGUUAUGCUUUUAGUUGAAAUAAUUUUUAAGAAUUUUUCACUACAAAUGAAAAUUAGAUAUAUGUUCAGCUUGUUAUAUAAACUAUAUAAGGUGGUUGCUGAUUGGUUUUGAAAGAAGAGAAUAGUUACACAAUAGUUUGAAGAAAGUAUGUUUAAAAAUUAGUAUUUAAGUAAAAAGAAACCUUACAUGGUUACAGUGAGAAAAUACUAUGUACUACCAUCAUUAAAAUGAAUGUUUUUGUCCAAACCAAAAAAUAAAUCUUUUUUUUAAAGUGAAAUGCAUUAUUAUUAGGAGAGUUUGCCACAAAUGAAUGAAUUGAUGUGACAUUGUUAAUUUGUGAUUUUUUAUAGACAUAGACUUUCUAGGUUUUAUAGAUGAAUUUAUAAGCAGUCCUUAUGUACAAGGUAAGAUGAUUUUUUAAAAACCUUAGAUAUAAAUAAAUGUGAAAAAUACUCUUGAUAAUAUUUUUAUAUGUUUGAAUGACUAUUUCUAAUCCUGAUGAGUGAAAAUGCCAUCUGGCAUCUCCUUUUAACUUUUUAUGAUAUCCCUUAAAUUAAAAAAAAACUUCAGCAUGCAAAGGACUGUUUCUAGGCACACAGAGAUUCAUUCCAUUCCUUGGGUUUUAUAACACAGGGGCUCCUGUCAAUGUGACAUUUCCACUGUAUCACUCUUGAACUUUCAUAGUAAGAGAACUAAGUUCAGCCCUUUAUUAAUUUAAACAUUAAAAACAAAAAGGUUUCAAUUAGACCCACACUGAAUUAUCAUGUAUAGAUAAAAACCUAGCUGACAGCAGGAUAAACCAGCCAAACAUAGGAAGUGAUGAUAAUGACCUUUUCUUUUAAGAAUGUUUUAGCCUUGUGUUGCGCACUCCCCAGGUAAUGUCCGUCUUACGGUGAUGGUGUUCAUUUGAUUAAAAACGAAAAAGGAGGCAUAAUGGCUUGAUUGGCAUAUUCAACUAUGAUGACAAAGGAGUCUGACAAAGCCAGGAACAAAAACCGUUACUUUGAACUAUAGUCGACUACAGCCACCAUUAUAAUCAUCAAACUCUGUGCCUUAGUUUAUACAAUAUUGGACAAGGAAGCAGUUAGGAAUUUUCUUUCCAACAUUAAGUUGAAUUGCUUUUUUGAAAUUGAAUCACUUUCUUCGGUAAGAGACUUACUGUAAGAGCUGGUUUUGCAGUGUUUGAUUAGAUGAUCCACUUGAAAAUUCUUUUGUUUGCCAGAUUGGUUUGCUUAGGAAUAUAAUAAAAUUCAUAAUUUCCAAGUUGUACGACCUCAACCCAAAACUGAGCUAUGUGUUUAGGACUCUGAAUGUUUUCCUUGGAAGUGAAUCACAAUACAAUAGAAAAAUGGCUAACAGGACUUGGAAAGCAGAAUGCACUAAAUGCAUGUUAGAUGUUAUCGCUGUUGGCUUAAUAAUAGAAUGACUUGAGAAAAAAUAGAGCCAAACUUGAACCCCUUCCUUCCAUGAUCCUGAAGGAAAUUAUUGGCAGAGGAAGGUUAAAAAAAAGGCACUAAUUGACUAGCAAUCCAAGUUGACCCUAAGCUCUGACAGGCUUUGGGCAGAGCUGCAGAAUUACGGUUCCUCCAGUGAGACCAACUGUGACACACACUUGGUGUUCACCUUGUCUGUAAGAUAUUUAUGUAUCAAGUGCCUUGUCCAGAGCCCGGUAUACAAUGAACACAUUCCCUCCCCUUGCUGUUUUUUCACCUAAAACCAAUUGGCAGAAUCCGAUGGAAAAAAAAAAUCGGAAAAAAACUGUUUUCUGUUUUGUAAGGUAGACGAGCAUUCAGAAGGUAGAACUUAAGCAAGCAGUGUCAAUCACCGAUGUCUUUUAAUACUUGAUACUGAAAUCAUCAUCUAAAUGGAAUUCCUGAGGUGUCUUUUUUAAAAAAGAUUUUAUUUGUUUAUUUGAGGGAGAGAGAGCACACGCAUGCAUUGCAGAGCGAGGAGCAGAGGGGGAGGGCGAGGGAGAGAGAAUCUCAAGCAGACUCCACGCUGACCGCAGAGCCCUACUCAACACUCGGUCUCACCAUCCAGAGAUCGUGACCUGAGUGGAAACCAAGAGUUGAAUGCUUAACCAGCUGAGCCACUCAGGUACCCAUCUUGGGGUGCUUUUUAAUUACUGAGCAUUCCUCAUGGUCAGGGGAGUGGCAGAUGCAUAGGGAAGCUUUUGAAGUGCAUACAUGGGGCUGAUUACAGUCAGGCAUUAUCAGCCUUUCUGGAGAAGAGUCAUGGAUAAAAAGCAGCUGAACAAUUUCAUCAGCUAAAAGUACAAUAAUAUUUCGGAAGUAUAGGAAGAAAGAAUACGUUCACGUAUAGUCCAAUAUUGGAACAGACAACAUAAAAGGCAUUAAAUUUGGAAGUUGAUACCUAGAAAUUCACAUGUAGAUUUAUUCAACUUACAUGCAAUAUGGAUGUCCUCUAAUUGCUUAUGUAUAAUAAAAUACUAAUGGAAAGCAUUAUCUGUUCCUGGCACUGUAAACACAUUAAAUUCCAUUAAACCCCAUGGGGUGGGGACUAUUGCAGUUAAGGACCAUUUUAGUUGAGAAAGCUGAGGCACAGAGAGGUUAAGUAAGUUACCCAAGGUCACACAGCUUGUAAGUGGCAGAGUUGGGUUUCAGAACAGAUGUUCUCUGCCCACCACUCUUUGUCAUUACACUAUGUGACCUCCCUACCUAAGUGUCUUUGCUCUUCCCACUUAACUGUGUUGAAACUUAAUGACUCAUUUAGGGAGUUGCAGUAUUGAAGAUUUCCCAAGGGAACUGAAGGGGUGCCUGGUCUCCUUGUAAGUAUUUAUAUCUUCCCUUUAAAGAGAUGGAGCCAAUCCCUGUGUGUUUUGUCCCUCUCAGCAUUCAGUGACUGUGUGUUCAACUUAUGUGCCAGGCAUGCACUGUCUACUCCAUUGACAAAAAUCAAGUGUGUGAGAGUGGGCUCUGCGGUCAGGUGAGCCUGGGUUCUAAUGGCUGUGACAGCAUUUACUUUCUGCCUGGACCACUUCAGGCAACUUGGCUUCCAACUUACCAGGGUAAGGCUAGUAAAGCAAAGUAAGGUCACAUCUCUCCCUUGCUCAAAACCUCCCCACGGUUUCUUACCUCUCUCAGAAUUAAAGCCUGCAUCCUUUCAAUGGCCUUUAAGGCCCUACCUGAUCUGUGGAACUUGAGAACUCUGACUUCAUCUCUGGCCUUCUUUUCCUGCCUCACGCCACUCCAGCCACACUCUGCACUCUUAUGGGAACUCCCCAGACCCACGCCUGUGCCAGCUUUUGCAUCCAGUUUUUCACCCUGAAAGUUUUUUCUCUAAUUGCCUGAUGGCUUAUUCUCCCAGGGAGGACUCUUCUGACCAUCCUAUUUAAAGAGAAAGCUCUCCUUCCCCCCUCCCCCACCCACUCCCUAUCUCUCUUCCUUGCUUCAUUUUACCCCACUUCUAUGGGUUCCCUAAAAGUAGAGCCUGAGACAGGGAUUUGGAGAGCCUAGGAUGUGAUUUACAGAGGCGGAAAUUGGGAGGCAGGGAGUAAAGCAAGAUCGGAAAGGAGAAAACCAAGCAAAGAUGUGAUCUCAGGUAUGCACAGGGGCCAGAUCACAGUGGGAGGGUCUGGGGCAUCACUGGCACUGAGCUGUCCCUUUAAGCAAAGGGGCCAGUCUUUCAUGUCUGUGCAUCAGUGAGUCAUUGACUGUAGGCUACCCCGGCUAAGGGUCAGGAUCAAUUCAGGACCAACCAGCCUCGCCACUAUGGUGACCCAUGGCCUUGCCUUUUGGUCUUGGUAUGAGGACCCCAACAUGACUGGGCAGCAGUUGUAGCUAUAUUUAAUGGGAUUUUCAUUGUAUUCCCAAGUGGAAGAAUUCUUCCUUGGGCACCAAGACUCCUAGACCCACAGAGUCUAAAGUUGAAGAGAUGAGAUAGUCCAUAAGUGAGUUACUGGGUAUGAUGGUAAGUGGUCUACUCCCACUUCCACCCUGUGUUUCCCAGACAAUGUAUUCAGCCUAUUGGGGCCACAGCACCAUUAUAAUAACUGUUGGUUUAUGGAACAUACUGCAUCCUGAAGGACAGCACCCUAUCUUCAUGGGGAUUCCUCUCUGAGCUGAUGACUCUGCUGCAUCUUGAAGAGGCUUCCUUUGCUCUGGUAGGCGCAGCUCCUGCACCGUGCGGCUCGUGGUUGGACCAGUGGAUCCCACUGUCAUGUGCCCCCUGCUGUACCUCCUUUGCCAUAAACUGGGUGUCUGGGUCUUAGGUGAUGUUAUGUGGGAUCCCAUGUUGGCUAAUCAGGAUUCUGGGAAUCCUCAGGCGGUGAUGCUGGCCAAGACUUGCAGGCUUAUAUGUGGAAUAUAUGUAACCCCCAGUCAGGAUGAACUGCUACCCUUUCCAAGGUGGAAGGAGUCUGAUAUAAACAAUUUGGCACCACGACGCUGGUUUGUGUCCUCAGGGACUGUCCCACAUCAGGGGCUCAGCAUUAGUUUUGUGGAUGACAGCAGUGGUAGCUACAUCAGUCAUGGUGAGUGGGAUCCCAAACAUUCCUUCUGUCUCUGCUCCCACGGCUACCCCACGCGCCACUCCUCCAGGCCUGGGUGGCUGAGAGCAGAAGCUGGCCACCAUCCACCAGCCAUGCCAGCCAUCCACUGGCUGUUUAGUGCCUCUUUCCAAGUGGAAGCUCUCUGGUGUGUGUUCAUGAGCAACCCCACGAUCUCACACUCUGUGUCCACGCUCUGUGUUCAAUCUCAUGGCUGCAGUUCUGUGAGGAAGAUCCUUCAAAUGCCAUUCUGACCUCGCUGCCCUUGUCUCUGAUCUUGAAGUCCUGCCACUGGCCUCUGCCACUCCAGACUUCUAGCUUCUGACGGCCACUGGGAGCCCAGUUCUGGAAUAGCACCUCCUGCUGUCAGAUGGGAUCUGCCUAGGACAGUCACUGCUGAGAGGCUCAGUGGUGCUGGUGGCCCCAUUCCUCACUGCCUUGGUAAAGGAGUGUGAUUCCUCAGGCUGCCUAAGGAAUAUAUUUAGCUUAUGGGUUUUCUGCAUUAUUUAGUAAAUCCAUAUAGCCCAUCUACUUUUCCUAUAAUCUGCCAUGAUUGUUCAGGCAUCUCUCUUAAAACUACAACAACAACAACAACAAAACCAGCUAAAGGGGGACCUAUUUAUUGAAGAGUAUGAUUAACAUUGAAAAUAUAUUCCAAAUACAUAUUUUAUAUUCCAAAUAGCAGAUUUCAAAAUUUUAGUUAAAGGAAUAGAAGAUAGCCAAUUUAAUCCUCACUAAUUCAUCUCUAUGGUCCAAUCAAAUUCAGUAGUCAUUGUAACAGGCAUUAAAACAUGAAAUAGGCCUAUAAUUUAGGUUUAUAGGACAAUGAAGGAAGGGAGAAAAAGUGAGCCCCUGAACCCAAAGAAGAAUAUUCUUGCAGGCUUGGUUAUUCUGCCUUUGAAAUGAACAUGAAUGGCAAGAGGAUUGGUGUUGGACGUGCUUGUUAAAGCAUGACCUGACUUCUCCAGGUCCCCAUCUUUAGGUUCUUAUUCAAGGGGAAGUCACUCAUGGUCAAAUUGAAAGGCAGAAGUCACAGACAGUCAAAUCCACUUCAAAGAUGGUCUCUGCUCAAUUUCUGACCCACAAGAAACUCUUGAGUUAUUUUUAAAAACCAUCGUAGUGGCUAAUCUCUGCCCACAAUGUGAUAAUGACUAGAAAUCAUACACAAUUAUUUAUUUUUUUUAGAAAGAGAAGUUGUCAGGCUGCCCUUGUCAUCUCUACUUUGUCCAAGCUUCUGAGAGUCACACUACUAGCUUGUUGGAACUAUGUCUUUUGGCCUUUGCCAAGAUGUUAAAUCCUGUGUCAUGGGCCUCUUGCAUUCAUUUUUCCUAAGGCUGUGUAACAAAGUACCACAACCUGAAUGGCUUACAUUUAUUUAUUAUUCCACUGUUCUGGAGGCCAGAAGUCCAAAAUCAAGGUGUCAGCAGGACCACGCUCCCUGGGAAGCCUCUGAAGGAGGGUUUAUCUUUGCCUCUUCCUCUUUGGUGGCUGCUGGUAACCCUGGGCAUUCCUUGACUUGUAGACACUCACAUCAUUCCAGUCUCUGCCUCUGUUGUCACCUGGCCUUCUUCCCUGAGCUUCUGUGUCUAUGCUCAAAUUCCCCUCUUCAUAGGGACACCAGACGUUGGAUAAGGACCCACCCUCAUCCAAUAUAACCUCAUCUUCACUUGAUGACAUCUGCAAAGACCCUAUUUCUAAAUAAAGUCCUAUUUACAGAUAUCAGAGCUUAAGACUUGAACAUAUCUUUCUGGUUUUUAUUUGGGAGUACUCUCCUAAUUUUUAAACUGGAAAUUAAUCCAAAUUCUGAAAAAACCAUACACACACACACACACACACAAACACACCCCAAACCAUACAAACAAAACAUAUCUAUGGGCCAGACUGGCCUUUGAGCUGUCUGUCACCUGCAAGCUAAGGGUUUUGGAAUAAAAAAGCCACAGAGACCAGGUUUGUUUGUUUGUUUGUUUGUUUGUUUAUUUCCCUUAUCGUCCAUCUUAGCAUUCCCUGAUUAGGUAAUAAGCACUGACUCUCUGCAUGAAUGAGGGGACAGGAAAGGAUGAAAUUACCAGGAGGAAAAUAAAAACAGGCUAACGCUUCAAAAUCUGUGUGACUGUGCCAGGUGCUAGGGAUACUUGGUUCCUGACUUUGAACUUACUAUGGUCUAUUGGAAGAGGGAAAUAUUAAUUUUAAAAAUUACAAAAAUGCAGGUGGUAUGACAGUAUUGACUGGGUAGGAGUUGAAUUUUAUUGAGAUCUUUUUGAAUUUGAUGUCUUGAGAGCCACGCUGAUGAGAUCCUAUCUCAAAUCCCAAACUAGCUCUGGGCAUCAGAUUUUAAGUACCCCCUCCCUUCUUUAAAAGUUACCAUUUAUCAUUUAUCGAAUGCUAGGAAUGAUACUAAGUGCUUUAUAAAGUUUAUCUCAUUUAGUGCUCACAUUAUGUGUUCCCUUUCAGGGAACUGAGGUUCAGAGAGGUUAAGUAUCUAGCUCAAGUUCACACAGCUGAUAAAUACCAGACUUAGCAUUUGACACAGGUUUGUCUGACUCUAAGGCAUGUUCCCUCCAUCCUUCUUCAAUAUUCCUUCUCUAGAACCUUUAAAAAUGUCUACUUAGGUGAAGUACCUAAUAUGUGUAAGGUGCUUUCUGGUUUGGUCCUGUGGCGUACUGGCAGGAGUGGGCUUGGUAUCAGUCUGGGUUAUGUUUUCACUUCACCCACUGCAGCUGGGUGAUUCUUGGGCAAGUUUUUGAGGUGUUCUGAGUCUCCCAAGCUGUAAGAGGGGGAUAAAUUCUACCUCUCAAGAUUGUUCUGAGGAUUAAGGGAGAUUUUACAUGUAUAUGUAUGUGCAUAUAUAUUAUGUAAAUAUAUAUAUAAUAUAUAAAUAUGUACCUCACACAGUAUUGGUGUAGAACGUAGUCAGUAUGGUUCAAUCAUCUUGCUUCUUCCAGCAGAAUAGCAACUUAAGGAUUGUGUAAACACUGAUCUGAAGUAAAUGACCUUCUUCUGGAAGGUCAAUUAGAAUACUGUAUCAGUCUGCUUGAGUUGCUGUCACAAAGUACCAGAGACCGGGAAACUUAGCAGAAAUUUAUUUUCUCACAGUUCUGGAGACUCGAAGUCCAACAUCAAGGUGUCGACAGUUUGCUUUCUCCUAAAGGCCACCUACUUGCUGGGUCUUCACAUGGUCUUUCCUCUGUGGACAUGCAGUCCUGAUGUCUGUGUGCCCAAAUUUCGUCCUAUAAGGACGCUGGUCUUACUGCAUUAGGGCCCAGCCAUAUAAUUUCAUUUAAUUGCUCUUUAAGGCCCUUUGUCCCAAUACAUUCUGAGCUCCUGAGGGUUAAGGCUUCAAAGUAAGAAUGUAGGGUGGGGACAGUGGGGACACAAUUCAGCCCAUAAUAAAUACUUACCAUAAGUGAGCAAGUGAAUGGAUUUUAAAAAGCCAUAAAAUGAUCUGUAAAUUCUGCUAACUUUGUGCUCCAAAUGUUGACCUUAUUGCCUACAAAACCAAACCAAACCUGCUCCAAAAUUACUGGGUACGUUUGAUGUAAGUAAGUAGUUCUGUAAGUGCCUAAAGGCUAGUGAGCACAUGGUCAGCAAUCAGACUCCUGGGGCUGAAAUGUUUACUGGACAACCGUGUUUGUGAACAAUGGGCUUGUACUUUCCUAGUGUGUAAAGGGCCAGCAGCCCACAGACUGCAGCUCUCUGAGUUUGGAGAAACAAGACAGAUGUUACGCUGGCAAGCAUGACGGCUCUCUGAUCUUAUAGGCCAAGUGCAGGCAAACACCAAAACACCUAAUAUGAUGAACAGCUCUUUUGGAUAAUUAAAGCCCUCCACUUCUUAAGAAGGGAGUCGCCUUUUCUCCUUAUGACCCCAACCCUCUUCAGAAAAACAAACAAACAAACUUGUUUCUGGGCGGGGGUGAACAGAUCUUUACCUCUAUGUGUAAGUGCUUCAAAUCAGGAGUGAAGUCUGGAAUUGAUCCACCAAUUCCAUUCAGUUGAAUAGGGAUUAAUUAUGUCCAGGCCGUACGCUGGGCCCUGGGAAUAAAGAUGAGUCAGAAAUGGUUCCUGCCUUCAACAUGCUCAUGUCUCCUGGGGAGGCAUUCACUCACUCAUUCACAUUCUCAGAUCAACAAAUAUUUACUCAACACCUACUAUGCUGAUGGAAGCAAAUAACUAACUCAAUGUGAUAAAUGGGCCAGCUGAGGAAUGUGUCCAGGACCUAGGACACAUCAGGGAUGGUGUAGGCUCUAACACUGAAUCAACUGCUGCUCAUUUGUGGAGGUAGUGUUUUACUCAUUGCUGUGUAGGCUCAUUUAAUCCCAACAACAGCUCUGUGAGCUGAAUAUCGCAUUCAUUUUACAGAUGAGGAAAAGUGAGAUUCAGAAUGGCCAACUGCCCUUGCCCAGAGUCGCACAGCUGGUACAUAAGUGGCAGAGCUGGCUAUCAAACCUGGGUUGACUGAUGGCAGUGAAGCCUGACUUGUCGCAUCAUACAGGGGGAGGGGGUUGAGAAUCUUCCUCUCAGAGCUUGGCUGUACAAGAAAUGUUCCAUUAUUUUACUGUUUUUAUUUUAUUUUUUAAAAAUUUUAUUUGUUUGAGGGAGAGCACAAGCAGGGAGAGCAGCAGGCAGAGGGAGAAGCAGGCUCUCUACUGAGCAAGGAGCUUGGACUCAAUCCCAGGACAUCAUGACCUGAGUCGAAGACAGCCACAUAACUGACUGAGCCACCCAGGUGUCCCUACUUUACUGUUCUUAAAUCAAAUCUGACUCUGAGCCCGAGCCUGUUGGAAAUGAACUUUCAGAUGAUGUGUGUGGGCACUUCCUGCCACAACUAGGUUGUGCAAGGGACACACAAACAACUCAGGGGUCCCUGUAGUGGUUGAUCCAUGUUUGCGCCUGGUUGCAUGGUGGCUUGAAGUCUGGUGACUCUACUAGCACUUGGGGCAAGGGAAAUUGUGACCCAGUGCCCAAGCCUCCUCUCCACAGCUCCCCACAUCCUAUCUCCAACUUGGGGGAGUGCUGUAGGAAGUGCUCAAGGUCAGGCGGCUAUAGGUCCUGCUGCUUGGGGAGCCCAUACCUCCUUCCUUGGGGUUUAUCUUCCCUUUUAUCAAACUACUCUUUCCUUUCUCUCUGCCCCCCAUACCAUUAUGUCCUUCUUCUGGACACUCUUAGGAUGUCCCAGAUGGCAUCAUGCACACAGACAGGGACAGAUGCAUAAAAGAUUUAUUGAGGGAAAAUGGGGAAAGAGCUGAGGGGGCUGGGAAAAUAAUGGGACUGUGAUGUUAUCUGUAUAGGAGAAAGGGAAAGAUUUUGGUAGGAAGAGUCUCAGACUACACCCAGUACUAGGAAGUUUUGCAAGGGCAACAGUAGACCACCAGGGCUACAAAUUAUAAAUAGUCCUGUGAUCCAAAUGGUUCUUGAACAUCAGUAUAAGUGACAAUGCAUGGCAUCAAUGCUCAGUUUAACACAAUGGACUCAUUAAGCGAUUGUGGGGAUUAAUGUAAUAAAAGUAGCUGGUAUAUACUGAGUUUUUAACGUGUGUUAAGUUCUGUUCCAAAUGGUCUAACUAUAAUAAUCCACUUAUGAUAAUCCUGAGAACCCCACAAAGGAGAAACUACUCUUAUAAUUCCUAGGUUACAGAUGAAGGAACAGAAGCCCAGAGAGGUUAACUAGAUGAAAGUCACACAGCUAAGUAAGUGGAAGAGUAAACAUUCAUACUAAGUCACACUGGCUCCUAGUUUGGAUAUAGGGUGGAGAAGAAACAAAGCAUCCAUGAGGACUUCAAGGUUUUUGCCUGAGCAACCAGAGGAACAAAAUUAUCAUUACUUAGGAUGGGAAAGAUUUCAGAAAUUAAAUUUUUUUAGGGAAACUCAGUUUGGAUAUGUUAAGUUUGAGAUGCUGAUUGUGUGCUGAAGGAGAUGUCAAAUAAGUCUAUUUAUGAAAAUUGGAAUCUGUAUCUAAAGCCCACAGAUGGGAUUAGAUCACCUACAGAGUGUAGAUAGAAAAUAAAAGAGAUCUGUGAGCUGAGUCCUGGUCAUCCCAGUGUUUACAGGUCAAGGAAAUAGGGAAUUAGUUUAAGAGACAAAGUGGAAAGUGUGGUCAGAGAAUUAGGAGGACGAGCACAUGAGUGUUGUUUCUUGGGAGAAAAUAAAGGAAGAAAGAGUGAUCAGUUGUGUUAAGUGUUGAUAGGCUGAUUACAUGAAGACCUAAGAUGACCAUUGGAUUGAGCCAAAGGUCAAUGGAAAGCGUUGAUGACCUUAAGAAGAGCAAUUUUGAUGGACAGGUUGGGGGAUACCCGGUUGGAAUGGGUCCAAGAGAGAAUGGGAGGUGGGGAAUUGAAGAAAGUGACUUCCGAAUUUUCUAAAAAAAAAAAAAAAGAUGAUGAUAAUGGGGGUAGCUGGAGGAGAAAGUGUUUUUAUUUUAAAUUUUGAUGUGGGAGAAAUAAGAACAUAUUUGUAGACAACAGAAAUGAUCCAGUAGAGAGGAGAAAAUAAUUGAUGAAUUAUGGGAGUGGGAAUUUCUGGAACAAUAUCCUUGAGUAGAUGAGAGGGGGUGAGAUCUGAAGAGAGGUUGGCUUUGGGUAGAAAAGAAAAGGUAGAAUGCAUCAGCAUAAGUGCAGGUGGGUAGCUAGGUACGUUGAGAAGUUGCUGCAGUUCUCUUCUGGUUACUUCAGUGUGCUCACCCAUUUAUUAAGCUACCGCUCUGAGCUCAGUUAAAUAUUGAAAUCUCCUUCCCUUGUUUUAUCAUUGCUCUUCGCUUCGAUUUCAACAAAACCUGAAUCAUGCAGUAAUUAUGGCUCCUUUUCUUUCUUCCUCACCAGCUAAGAGCUGAAGGAAGGCAGAGAACAUGUCACAUUCUUUAUUGCUCCCCAACACUUGGUACAGUGCCUGACAUACAGCAUGCACUCAAUAAAUAUUUGAUGAUUGAAUUGAAUCUAGUAUACUUGAAUUGAAUCUCUAUACAUAUACUUUGAACCUGAUUUUGCUUGAGUCUUAAGAAGCUACCAAUAUCAUGUUCUCUACGGAUUGGUUGGGAAGAUUAUUUGCGCUUCAAUCUAUUCUGUUAAUCGUUGUAUUAGUUAUUUAUUACUGAAUUCAAUAUUCAUGAAAACUUACAAGUUUUGCUCAUUUUUACAAAAACUUGGACCUUAACUGGGCCAUAGCAACAUCCUCAGAAGGGUUACAAUAUGUGAGAUGUUUAAUUGACAGCAUUCAUUUUGUCCAAUUCCUUUUUAUUUUUUUUUAAAAAAAGGGUAAAUUCACUGUAAUUGACAUACGUAAUCUGAACCUAUAGAAGUCAAUGAAAAAUCCUAGCAUCUGGUUAAAAGGUGCCAGAGGAUCGGAUCACCUCCUUAGAAGAACCACCUAGGAAGAAAGGAUAUACAACCAACUGGGUAUGUGCUGUGAUAGAAGAUGUGCUUCCCUACCUCUACCUAAUAUUUUGUUAAGAUUUAGAUAAAGAGGAAGAAUCUGCAAAUGGAUUGAUUUUCUACUGUGUAUCUUUUUAGUAAGCUCCAGAUGAUACUAAAAUCAAGGUCAAGUGCAAUAGUCCAGCUAGGUCAUGCAAUGUGGAUGAAGUCUGUCAAUACUCUUCCAGCAGGAAAUUCAGUAAAGCAUAUUGCUGAGGACACAGACUUGGACUUGGACUUGCAUCCCACCUCAGAUGACUUAGUUUCCUGAUCUACAUAAUGGCAAGAUAACACCAUCUAUGCCAUGGAGUUGUUAAAAAUUGAUGGGACCAAUGAGGAAGAAGACAGCACUGAGCUGAAUGAAGAAGGAAGGCCAGUGCAGACCUCCAGGCAGAGGCCCCCACUCUGCAACUGUCACUGCUGUGGCCUCCCCAAGCGUUACAUCAUUGCCAUGAUGAGUGGGCUGGGAUUCUGCAUUUCCUUUGGGAUCCGGUGCAAUCUUGGAGUUGCCAUCGUGGAAAUGGUCAAUAACAGCACUGUAUAUGUUGAUGGAAAACCAGAAAUUCAGACAGCACAGUUUAACUGGGAUCCAGAGACAGUGGGCCUCAUCCAUGGAUCUUUUUUCUGGGGUUAUAUUGUGACACAAAUUCCAGGUGGUUUCAUUUCAAAUAAGUUUGCUGCUAACAGGGUCUUUGGAGCUGCCAUCUUCUUAACAUCAGCCUUGAACAUGUUCAUCCCUUCUGCGGCCAGAGUGCAUUAUGGCUGUGUCAUGUGCGUCAGAAUCUUGCAAGGUCUGGUGGAGGGUGUGACCUACCCAGCCUGCCAUGGAAUGUGGAGUAAGUGGGCACCACCUUUGGAGAGAAGCCGACUGGCCACAACCUCUUUUUGUGGUUCCUAUGCAGGGGCGGUGAUUGCCAUGCCUCUGGCUGGGGUGUUGGUACAGUACAUUGGAUGGGCCUCUGUCUUUUAUAUUUAUGGCAUGUUUGGGAUUAUUUGGUACACAUUUUGGCUAUUGCAGGCCUAUGAGUGCCCAGCUGCUCACCCAACAAUAUCCAGUGAGGAGAGGACCUACAUAGAGACAAGUAUAGGAGAAGGAGCCAACGUGGUUAGCCUCAGUAAAUUUAACACACCGUGGAAAAGGUUUUUCACAUCAUUGCCGGUUUAUGCAAUCAUUGUGGCAAAUUUUUGCAGAAGCUGGACUUUUUAUUUGCUGUUAAUAAGUCAGCCUGCUUACUUCGAAGAGGUCUUUGGAUUUGCAAUAAGUAAGGUGGGUCUCCUGUCAGCAGUCCCACACAUGGUUAUGACCAUCAUUGUGCCUAUUGGAGGACAAUUGGCUGAUUAUUUAAGAAGCAGAAAAAUUUUGACCACAACAGCUGUCAGAAAAAUCAUGAACUGUGGAGGUUUUGGCAUGGAGGCGACCUUGCUCCUGGUGGUUGGCUUUUCCCAUACCAAAGGGGUGGCCAUUUCCUUUCUGGUGCUUGCUGUAGGAUUUAGCGGCUUUGCUAUUUCAGGUUUUAACGUCAACCACCUGGACAUUGCCCCCCGCUAUGCCAGCAUUCUCAUGGGGAUCUCAAAUGGAGUGGGGACCCUCUCUGGAAUGGUCUGUCCCCUCAUUGUCGGUGCAAUGACCAAGCACAAGACCCGCGAGGAAUGGCAGAAUGUGUUCCUUAUAGCUGCCCUGGUGCACUACAGUGGUGUGAUCUUCUAUGGAAUCUUUGCUUCAGGGGAGAAGCAGGAGUGGGCUGACCCUGAGAAUCUCUCUGAGGAGAAGUGUGGAAUCAUUGACCAAGAUGAAUUAGCCGAGGAGACAGAACUCAACCACGAGAGUUUUGCAAGUCCCCAAAAGAAGAUGUCUUACGGUGCCACCACCCAGAAUUGUGAAGUCCAGAAGAAGAAAUGGAGAGGACAGAGGGGUGUGACCCUCAAUGAGGAAGAGCUGACAUCCUACCAGAAUGAAGAGGGAAACUUCUCAGACACAGCCUAAUGUCUGAGGGGCAUUUCCGUCUUCUCCUUACGUAGAGCCAGAAAGUAUCCAUACCUAUUGCCUUCCCCAUAACCCGGCUUGCCAGAGGGUCAAAUACAGUGACACUGGAGGUAGGAGGGGGGUGGAGAGGAAAUAUAAUCAGCAAUAGAGAAAGAAAGGAAAAAUAUUAUCUUGCUAUGACACUUCAGGGUCUGGAGCUCACUCUCAGUUGACAAAAUGGGGAUAAAUAUAUAAUUUUUUUCGGACUGGCAGUUGACUCUUCUCAAAGAAGUGUUCUUAGAGUUCAGUUCUCAAAAAACUGAACUUAUUCAGAAAGGAAUGACCAGAAAAAUAAGGGAGACAGUAUCAUGUUGUUCAAAGAAAAAUCGAAGGAACUGAGCAUAUUUGGCCUGGAGCAGAGAAAACAGUAGCUGCCACUACAGUUCUGAGGGCAGCCGUGCAGAACAGGGUUUCCUAUUCCAGGAAAGGCUACUGCUCAUGGAGGCCCUGCAUUGUGCCAGGUGCCUUACAAACAUUCUCAUUUCAUUUCCACGCCGCUAUAACAUACAUUUCUUGUCUUCAUUUUACAGCUAAGGAAGCUAAAGCAACAAGAUAUUGAUUUGCCCAAGGGCCAGGGUUGAGAUUGGUGGUGUCCAAAAUAGGUGGCAGUUUGGGGGAAGAAGUUUUCACCUCAAUGUAGAGAAGACUUUUUUUCUUUUUAAGUAGUGAAAACUGAAACUGGAGAGGGUUGUCUUGGGGCUAAUUCCCUAUUUUGGCAGGCAUGGGGGAUGGGAAACAUCUGGGUUGGUGUGAAAGCAUUGCCACUGUAUGAAGGGGCUGGAUUCAAGGAUCCUGGGUUUGAAAGGUUAAAACAUAACAAAGAAAAGAAAGGAGAAGGAAAAGGAAAAAAAAAAGAAGAAUGAAAAGGAAAAAAGCUAAGUAAGAUAGCUAAAUUUUUAGGAAUCUGAUAUCCAGAAUGGCUGAGAGGUAAGCAAAGGCUUGGCUAAAUUUUGAUGCUUCAUGGUAUCAAGAAUAUAGUUAAAUAAACAAUGCCCUAAAUUACUUAUGCAUCUUUAAGACAUUUAGUAAUUUAAGAAGUUGGUUUGUAUGUUUUAUUUGGUAAAAUUCUCUUGGAAGAGUCUUCUGUUUUAAACAAUGUUUGUCUUUAGCCAAUUCUGCUAGAGAUAUUUGGAAGUUUGAUCAAACUAUGCACAACUAUGGUUGAAGUACUCCUAAUGACUGUAUUUGGAAUGUUAUUGGGGAAAACCACAAUAAUAUAGUAGUAACUAUACAGGGAAAUGACAUGAAAGCAUGAAUGAAAGCAGCUGUGACAAUUAGACCCAUAGCUAAUGUUGAAGAAUUCAUCUUUGAUCGCAUAUGGCAAUAACAUGGAUACUCUCUGGAUAUAUUUUAAAAUCUAAAGAUAUUUUAAAAUUUAAAGUUGGCAUGUAAAGGAUUGCUUGAAAUUAAAAUUAUUUUCCUGUUCAUUGGUUUUGAAAAUUUUGUUUCUACUUUCAGAAGAAAAAUAUAAUGUCAAAGAAAAAUUAUAGAUUUACUUGUAUAGCUUAUUAUAGUGUUUUUUGUAAGUUCUCCCAUAUACAUUUCUUGUCCCUAAUUGUACCAGCAGAGUUGCAGUGUAUUUUUAAAAAAGAAUAAUUUUGAGAGAAAAAAAGAAUUGCCUGACUCUCUAGUAAAUAAUAUUCUAUAUGUCAUUGGUAUGUAAUUUAUGUUAUCCUAUAUCUUUAAAUCUCUUUAAUGAGUGAAUGCAUGUAAAUCCCAUGAACAGUUCCUGGCAUGUAAAAAGUGCUCAAUAAACAUUAGCUAUCAUCAUCA